UCGCGAAUGAAUGUCCUCGGAUUUCGCUGACUUUGUUUCCCGCGUCUUCGCGAGCUCUCUCGAUUCUACACAUAUUCUUUCUCGCGCGAUAAAUACGUUUGCAUUGUGCGAGUCUUCCCGCGAAUCGAGAUCGUCGAAGAAAUUAGGAGAUAACGCUCCUCUCUGUGUCAUCCAAUUCGCGCGAUAUGGAAAGUGGGAGAGACAGCGGGUUGAACGACUCCGCGGAGGGGAUGCUGUCGCCAUUGCCGCCAGUCGUUGCUGAACCUGUGAAGGAGGGUACGGUAGAGCGUCGUAACGAUCAGCAGCAGCAGGAGCAACAGGAACAGGAUAACACCAUCGUCAUGGGCAAGCAGAACGGCGAGGAUCUGGAUCAGGAUGCGCAAGAGCGGAUGCUCAAGGAGGACAGCACCGCAAAGAUCGCGAUUGAGAAGGACGACAAGGAUGAGAAGACCACCGAGGUGAAAUUUAUUUCGGAAAAUGGCGACGCCAAAAUCGAUAUUGAGAUGGUAAAGGCGGUGCUCUCUGGAAUGGGAAAGGAAGAAUUGAUGAAAUUCGCGAACGAUCCAUACUGGAUCAGAUUAAGAUGGGCCCUGUUCAUUCUCUUUUGGCUGCUGUGGGCUGCCAUGUUGGCCGGCGCUAUAGCCAUUAUCGUGAUGGCACCAAAGUGUUCCGCUCCUGAGCCGAAGAAAAUUUGGGAAGAGAGCCCGAUUGUCGAGUUAGAUGCUUCAGAUGCUUUUAGCGAUGACUUGACAGAACUGGAGCUUAAACUGAACAAUUUGAAAAACCAACAUAUCAACGCUAUAUCUCUCUCUUCUGUGGUGAAGGCAAGCGCGGAUGGAGGGACCAUAGAUUUUAAAGUUGUCAAACCGGAAUUAGGAAACAUCAGCAAUUUGGAAAAUUUCAUCAAAAUGGCAAAGGAGAAAGAUCAACAAAUCUUUUUGGAGUUAGAUCCCAACCAUUCCUCCAUAGAGCAUCCGUGGUUUAAACAAUCCGUAGAAAGGCAGGAUCCAUUCACGUCUUAUUAUGUCUGGGCUGAUGGAAUAACCAGCUCUGAUGGUGGAAAAGAAAGACGAAGUCCUCCAAAUAACUGGUUGAGUGUGUAUGGUGGAUCCGCGUGGGAAUGGAACGAACAAAGAGGCCAAUAUUAUCUCCAUCAAUUUAACAAAUCGCAACCUGAUUUGAACUAUAACAAUCCAGCAGUGGUAACAGAAUUUGGAGAUAUCUUGACUCAUUGGUUGAAAUUAGGCAUUAGCGGUUUUCGUUUAGUUAACACUCAGUAUCUAACGGAAGAUGUGGAACUGCACGAUGAAUCUAGGGGCAUUCUUCCUGUAGAAUCAAAUAAUUAUCAAUCAUUGGUGCAUGUUCAUACGCGCGAUCGUUCGGAGAAUGCUGCAGUGUUAUCAAAAUGGCAAGAAAUAGUUCGCAACGAAAGUGCUGGCAAAGGAUUAUUUGCAUUGCAAGAUGACAUUGGCGCAGACAUUUUGCAAGUUUAUAAUGAUAAAAUGACGAUUGACCUACCGCAGAGUUCGCAUUUCCUCACUACUGCCAAUGUGAACAUAAAUGCGACAGACUUGCGUAAAAGCAUAUCGCAGUGGCUUGCAGUUACGCCGUGGCCCGCAUGGAACGUGAAUGGCAAACAACUUUCUUUAAGGCAACGCAUGCCUAAAGAAGUCGCUGAUAGUAUCGUUUUAAUGACCAUGUUAUUACCGGGCACGCCAAUUCUUCGAUUAGACGACGUCAUGUCCGCGAAAGAUGCAUUUGCAACCUUGUCAAGUGCUCGAAGUGGUUUAACGUUCCUUCACGGGAAUACGACGCUGAGAAUAGUAAACGGGACUGUCUUUGUAUACGCGAGGAGUUGGCUAAAAAGCGGCAAUCCUGGAUAUCUCGUUGCAUAUCAGACAGGAGAAGAAUCAGCCGUUAUAAAUCUAUCCGGAAUACCACGGAUAGCGGAAGAAAUCAAUGUAGUCGCUCAUAGUCCCAACUAUGUCCAAAAUACAGAAGUUAUGAAAACAAAAUUGCCGUCGAAUGCUGUGCCGAUAUCACCAAAGAGUACACUGAUUUUAACAUUUGUACCGAAGGAGGAAUCAUAAUUGGUCUAAAAGAUUAUUCAGACGCGAUCAGAUGUAUCCUCGAUUACGUUUUUGCUUCAAUAUACGGGACUAAAGGAAAUAAAGGUUUUAAUCAAAGGAGUAGAAUUGAAUUUCAUUGAAGUUCAAAGUAACUGCAAUAACUAGAACUUUGAGGUCCUAAAAAUGUGAAAUUUCUUUUAUAUGCAAAAGCUUAUUUGAUGUGUUGAGUUGAAACGAUAUGUGAAAAAUUGUAAUUUGUGCGAAUUAUGUAUACCUGUGUGCAUCAAUUAUAUUAUGCAGCAAAGUGUAUCUCGAUGUCCAUGUAAUGAAAUAUAUGCAUAUAUAGCAAGCAUCAAAUACAAA